ACCAUGGAAAUACUUGUUUAUCGUCACGAUGUUAUUUACCUUCAUGAUAGAUUAUUGACAAAUUCGUGUUAAACUUACUUAAGAAAUUUAAUAGUUUUCCAUAAUUUCUUUAUAAUGUCUGGGAUCAAACAAGUUCGUAAUAAAAGGCUUCUUCCGGAUUUAAGAAAAGAGGGUGAAUUGAGUAAAAAUAUUGUUCUUUCUACAAAAGAGAAACAUGGUGUUCCUGUAGGCUCCAGACUGUUUUCACAUCACACUCUAGCGAGCGUGAGAAGAUUAAGUUUUUACCACCCCUUCUUUUCGCAGGACGAUAAUUUAGAUUUGAUACUCGCUGCAACUUACAACCAUUCAACAGAGAAGUUUGCUGACAAAGAAGACCUGUACCUGCAGCCGGAGACCCAUGGUUGUGACACUUGGCGACGCUUGAGAAAUACUUAUGACAAAAGGCCGCCAGUAAUGGUUCCGCUGGGCCAUCCGAUGAAACGCGGUGGUAUUAAAGAGCGCAGAUCACCGUUUAGCGUGAAACUUAUGAAUUCAGGUGUACACUCAUCACAAACAAAUCCUGGAUACAGUAGGCAACCUGCUGGUGGCGCCAUCUUUUUCUAUUAGUUUAUUUUUAUUUGGGAAUGGACGCAAGUGUGUGAUAAUUUACGUUGCACCAUAUAUCUCUCAGAGACAAGUCGGGGUAGAAGGGAAGUUAAAAGUAUGCUUCUUUUAAUAUCCUUUGGUUUACAGAGCCUUUCUUACUGAUUCGCCGGAUUUUUUACGUUCAAAGGACCAAUACAGGGUUUGAUACUGUUUAUAAGUACAGAUUAAUGGCAUUUUCUCAAGAUAACCCCCUUUGUAAGUCGCUAUCCACGUUUGUAUGUCGCCGAUACGAAUGUUAUCAUCACACGGUCAAACCCCAAUUUUAAAAUAUAUUUUAUCUCUAAUUAAAUAUUGUUUUGGUAAAUAUUAUAAUUUGCAUAAUUAUAAAAAAUUUGGUUUACGAAUAUUAUUCACCCGUUUCCAAAGAUGUAUGUCCAUGUAAUAUUCAUUUUUACAGAAAUAUUAUGAAUUUUAAUAACUACUUUGGUUGUUAAAUUCUUUGGUCAGUACAAAGUAAUGUUAUGCAAUGUUGCCCUUGUUAAUAUGCCGAAUAAAUACAUCGAAACAGAA